AUGAAUCCGCCCAAACCAUCCAAAGAUAAAGAAUCGCCCGGAUCCAGUUCUUCCAGUCAAGUUACUUUCGCUGGUAUCAAAUCUGCAAGUAAAAAAGAAUUGCGUGGCGGUCGUAUCCGAGCCGAAGUUGACAUUAAUCGAGAAAUACAAAAUUGUCGUGAUGAACAAAGUGAACGAUUUGAUUUAAGUAAAAGUAGUGUUACUAUUCUACCCAAUACCAUUAAAGAUCUAACACACGUCCGAGAAUUAUAUUUAUAUAGUAAUCGCAUUCAACAAUUACCUCCAGAAAUCGGCAAUUUAGUUAAUUUAAAAGUAUUAGCUCUAAGUGAAAAUUCAUUAACAACUUUACCUGAUACAAUGGAUCGACUUGUUCAAUUAAAAGUACUCGAUCUACGACAUAAUAGAUUUAAUGAUAUACCUGAAGUUAUCUACAGAAUCACAAGUCUCACCACACUUUAUUUACGUUUUAAUCGAAUUAAAGAAGUAUCAGAUACGAUUCGAAAUUUAGUCAAUUUACAAAUGCUAAGUUUACGUGAAAAUCGUAUUCGAUCGUUGCCUAUUACAGUUGGUCAACUUGUACAAUUAUUAACACUUGAUGUUGCACAUAAUCAUCUUGAACAUUUACCAAAUGAAAUAGGAAGUUGUGCUCAGUUAACAACAUUAGAUUUAACUCAUAAUGAACUGGUUGACCUACCAGAAUUAAUAGGAAAUCUAAAAAAUCUCAGUCGACUGCUGAUCAGAUACAAUCGUCUCUCGACCAUUCCAUCAUCGUUAGCGAAUUGUUCUAAACUCGAUGAAUUUAAUAUUGAAGGAAAUAACGUUUCACAAUUGCCGGAAGGACUUCUAUCGAGUCUAGUUCAUUUAAAUACAAUCUCACUAGCACGCAACAAUUUUAAUUCAUUUCCACUGGGUGGUCCCACACAAUUUACAUCUGUACAUUCAAUUAAUAUGGAAUGUAAUACAAUUGACAAAAUUCCAUUUUCAAUUUUUUCUCUCGCGAAAUACUUAUCAAAAUUAAAUAUGCGAGAAAAUGCAUUGACAUCUUUACCAUUAGAUAUUGGCUCGUGGACAGCAUUAGUUGAACUAAAUCUAGCAACUAACCAAUUAACUAUCAUCCCAGAAGAUAUCAAGAGUUUACAAAAUUUAGAAGUAUUGAUCAUGUCGAAUAAUCAAUUGAAAGUAAGUGACAACAAAGUUUACAGGGCAAAUCUAAUGAAUCUGUAAUGAUAAGUCUAUAAAUAUCUAUUUUAAAAUGUUGACCUUCAAGCAAAAUCAUAUACAGAUGGUAUAGUUAGAAAAUAAAGUCAAGACUGAUGUCUGUAUGAGAAUAACUUUCAUAUUUCACCUUCGGGCAAUCAAUAAAAAACUGAAUGUACGUCAUAAAAGAGCUUAUGUGGAAAUCGCUUCAGUCACUAAUUAAAAUUUCCGGAACCGUUUAGCGACUAUAUGUGCGGGUGUAUUUGCUAUCAUUAGCAAAUAUUAUUUUUUCCUGUAAUAUAAAAAGCAAUUCUUUACAUUCUCACUAUUUCAAAUGGAUACUUUUUUAUGCAUCA